AAUUUUAAUUUUAAUAACAAAUAUUUUCAUAAAUGAAUGACCAAUCAGUACUGGUAGACCAAUUCCCUUACCACAUUGUUGAAUUUGUGGCUGCUGGGCGAAAACCAAAAGUGCGCAAGACAGAUAUUGUUGCAACGAAGUGGCUUCAAUACGACAAACAAAAAAAGAGGGUUGUUACGAGAUAUCCACCACCACUUUAUGACACAGAAAAAUCUAAUGAAUUGGGUUCAGCUCUUGAAGAAUUAUCAGAUGCUCCUAGUACGUGGUCAACAUAUACAGUUGCAUUAAGAGGAAAAGCAGUAAGUCUGGGUGAAGCUUACCGCAAGCAUGAACUUCUUACACAUCAGAAAACUACUCUGACUGCAGAAUCUGCUGAGAGCGAUGUAGAGGCAGAAAAGAGAGCUGCUAAUCUUAUUCGAAAAGAGCAAUUCCGGUCUGCUGCUAAAUCAUUCAAUGAUUCAUUAAGAAAAAAAGGUACAAAAAGAUCAUCUGAAUCCAAUGAUUCAAAUGUUGUACAGGACAGUGUACCUGGUACUUCGACUCUCCGUAACAACAUUUCAGGCAAUGGAAAAAGUAAUGGGAUCCCUCCGACAAAAAAAUCAAGCCAAAGACCAAACUUGGUGGCUAAAGCACUUGAAGAUUUGACAAAUACAUCUGAGCAUGGUGCUAACAAGACAUUAUUAAAUGCUAUUGUAUGACCAAGGUAUCAACAGAUAUCUCAAGUUUGAGCAGCGAUGUUAAAAACAUGAUACUGGAUAUCAGCAAGAUUAAAGCAGCAGUCAAAGAUACAAAGAAAAUCAGAAGUCAAACUAUGGAUUUUAUUACCACAGUUCCGCAACUGUGUAAAAAGUACAAUUAUCAUAUACCAUUUAAAAAUAUGGUAGAAUUUCAAACAUUCAAUUUUCAUUUGUCGGAGAAAAGUGAUCUUAAAGAAUCAGUGGCAAUUGUACUGCGUCUGGAUUGGAUUCCCAAAUGGUCAUUACAAAAUCAAUUGUCAGCAUGUAAAGAUGUUUCUAACCAAAGAUGUAGCUACUCAAUGCGUAGCUGUUAGGAAAUUAGAAGAUAAAGUUCCAAUAAGAGAUACACCUUUUCUUCAUUGCAUAACAGAUUGAUGGCUAAUUUGGAGACCCCAGAUAAGGAUAUUACAAGUGCCUUAAGUGCUGUCCUGUCGAAUGCAAGCUAAUGGAACGUGCCAAGAAAAUCUUCACCUGAAAAUGCAACUAAGUCAACGAGUCCUGCACAAAAAUCUAAAAUUUCUAACAAUACUGCAGCAUCUACUGCAUCAGUAGAAGUAGUUGCCAUAGAAUGAAUUAAUUAUCAAUGAUCAUGCGUUUCCGCAAGUCUUGAUAUAAUACCUUUGUUUUUGGUAUUUCUUGGCUAUUUUUAUUGGACUGAGCAUAGCUUGAUCUUUUUAUUAGUAAUUGUGUAGGAAUAAUGGAUACAAAAACUGGCCAGUAAGAAUGUGAAAAAGCGUUACAUUCUGCCUAAGAAAUGGCAAAGAAAACUGCUCAGUUCUUAGAUUCCAACCCAAGAAUUGGCCAUUAAAUGGGUUACCGAUUCUGCCAGGGUGGUCAACCGAUAUAUAAUUUCUAUUUUAUUAAUGUAAUAUUAAUGGCGAUUACUCAGCAAAAUUUCAUAAAAUUUAUAAUAUAUUUAAAUAUUAUAAUAAAAUUGAUUAGAACAAUAUUCACUAAUUCAUGUUUUUAUUUAAACAAAUGUACGCGAUGAUGAAUUUAUAAAUUUUACUAUAAUGCAAUACGGCAAUUCCUAAGCCAUUAUGUUUUUAAUUAUAUACUUAAAUUAUAUACUUUAAUACUUAAGUAGUCAAAAGACUCGCUCGUAAAAUAAAAUUGAUAUUUUUAAGUUAUAACUUAAUUACAAAGAACGAACUAAAUAUUAACAUGCAUAGGAGAUAUUUGAAAACACACAAGAAAUAUAAGUAAAAGUGAUAAUAAAAAGUUAUUAUAAAAUUAAAAAGUAGGUCAGUUUAUAUCUUUUUUUAAUAUAGAAUAAUCAAGGACUCUAAUGCUCGUUGUAUUACAAUCCUAAACUUUUUAAUAUAUGUAAAUACAAAAAAAAGUAUUAAAAUUUGUAUUUAUUUGUAAAAUUAGUUAAAUGAAUUUUAUUUUAUUUUUACUAUUAUAAAAGUACCAUAUUCGAAAUUUGUUCUUUUAUAAAAAUAAUAGAAGUUACAUGUGUGUCUUUGGGGUGCGUUGUAGCCUGGAUUGGGAAUGUUUUAAUAAAGUUUGAUAAUUUUAAUAUCAUCAUAUUCUAUUAGUUAUAAUAUUUUGUAUACACAAAAGAUUGUAAUACAUUAUAAUAAAAAUGAAUUCUUAAUUUUUAACACCCCGUACAAGCUCCGUAAAAAAUUAUAAAAAAUAUUAAAAACUAAAAUUUAUUGAACGAUUUAUAUUACUACAAAGAUCUCAGAAUAGAAUAUUAAAAAUUAUAAACAAAAAUAAAUUUGAUCAAAAUAAUCCAUUAAACCUUAAACAAAUUUUAUGUGAUAUGACAUCAAAUAGUAUAACUAGAAACAAACUUAUUAAACCGCCAAAAUGCUCUAAAGCUGUUAGUGAUAAGAAUAAUCACAUUAGAGCGAUACAAGUAUUUAAUUGUCUACCUAAAUCUAAUCCAAAUCUAAAACAUCUAGAUAUCUCGAAAAAUUAUAAUAAGAAAAGGGUAAAGAAAUGGAUCAGUACUCAUAUAUUGUAUACUAACAAAAAAAAAAUCUUAGUAAGAUUUUCAUUUUGUUAGUUUUUUAGUUUGUAAGUAAGUUUUGUAAGAUCUUUUUAUUAAGUAUAUACCAGACCUAGGUACAGGUAGCUAUGUCUACCUCUAUAGGAUGUCAGUUAACCCAGAUAUAUCAAGUAUAUCUUGGAGUUAACUAUAACAUGUAUUUAUUACUGUGGAUGAAUAAGUAAAAGAUAUUUUAGAUUGUACGCGAGUAUCUCGAGUAUCUCGCGCUCCCCCACUCUCUAUUUGAACGCUUCGCGCUACAGCUGACAGCUGAGUUCACAGAAGCAGCAUAACACCAGCAGCGCUACUAGUCAUCCAGCCGCAGCAGCGACAAAGCUAGGAGAGCGCGUAUAACUAUAUACAGCGAGCGGCGAGCGCAACGGCGCGAUAAGAUAGAAGAGAAGAAGUAGCGAGCGAGCAGUAGCGCGGCGUGCGCUUUAGAAUAUAUGUAUAUGAAUGAUUGAUGUAAAUAGGUGUGAAUGUACGUGUGCAUGUAUGGAUGUGAUAUUAUAAAUUUAUCGUGUCAAACCUGAUAAUGCAACUAAAGCUUAUAAUAGAUAGAAAAACUUAGAAUAAUUUCAAAUCUUUUGUAUACUUAGAUUUGAAAUUGACU